AUGUCGUCGCCCUCCGAGAACGCUGCGCUCGCCACCGCGCCUGAGAUCACCGUCACCAAUCCAGACAACUCCAUUGAUGCAACCAUGCAUGAUGGUGGAGAGGAAUUAGCAGAGGAAAUACCGUCAGAUGCCGACGAGGAGGCACGGCUAAAGAUGCUCACGACUGGCACACGAGCGCAGGAUGACUUGGAACGCGAUAUUGGCAGGCAGGCGGACCAGAUGAUGACCGAGCAGGCCGAUGCACGCGACAAGAAGCGCAUAGAGAAGCUCGAGGGUGAAGCAAAGCGGGCGGAAGCUGCUAUACAAAAGCUCAAGAACCGUCUGGCUCUACCAGCUCUGGACACGCAGAAGGCCAAGCUCCGCGGCGAGAUCGCAGCGUAUCGGGACAAAAUCGAUGGCCUAGACCAGGAGAUGGAUGGUAUACAACAGCGUAUCAACGAUCGUCACAAGGCGCCUGGGGCGGACGAAGCAGCAGAGGAAGGCUCCAAGGGUCCUUUACCCAACGAGAGCCGGCGAGAGUGGCUCAUCCGCACAGGCAAGAUCACGCCUUUCUCCAAGCUGGCGCAGGACCAGCCAGACUCAGGGACGCUGGGUGAGGUCAUGUUAGAUGCUGAGGCGGAGGACAUGGUGACCGAAACUGCGAAAGAGCCAGUAUCACAUCGCAACCUUAUGAAGCCUGGCUUCCAAGACGUCGAAUCCAGUUCAGAGGCUCCGAGCCCGAAGCCUACAGCCCGUUCGAAGAAGCGACGAAAGGUCACUCCUGCUAGCGAUACUGUAGGGUCGCGCGAAUCGAGUGCGGCCCCGGGCUUUACCGAUCCUGAUUCAGACGAUGCUUUCGAGCCUGGUAUGUCAGACCGCCAGCUUGCGACCCUGGAUGAGUCGGACGAGCUUCCAGAUGACUUGGACGAAGACGAUUCAUACGCAGAAGAGACUACUGAUCGCAAGCGCAAAGCUAAGGGCAAGAAAACACAAAAGUCAAAGGCUGCUCCCGCGCAAGAAGCUGUCGUCGAAGAUCUAGCAGGUGUUGACGAUGGCAAUGAGCGAUUGUAUCGGAAACGUAUAGAGACUUGGUCCAAGAGCCGCGCAGCUGCUAGGAGAAAGGCCAAGGCCAAUGGUGGUGAGGCAACCGCCGAUGAGGAGGAUGAAGAAGAGUGCUACCAGCCUCAUCCUACUGAAGCUGACACUGAAUUCGAUGGCGGAUUCCGCAUCCCUGGAGACAUCUAUCCGGCAUUGUUCGAUUAUCAAAAGACCGGUGUGCAGUGGCUUUGGGAGCUGUACUCGCAGAAUGUUGGUGGCAUCAUCGGCGAUGAGAUGGGUUUGGGUAAAACCAUUCAGGCUAUCGGCUUCGUCGCCGGCCUUCAUUACUCCAAGAAACUUACCAAGCCUGUCAUCGUAGUCUGUCCCGCAACGGUCAUGAAGCAAUGGGUUAACGAAUUUCAUCGCUGGUGGCCUGCGCUACGAGUUUCCAUCCUACACACUUCUGGUAGCGGAAUGUUGGACACACAUCGAGAAGAUCGUAUGGAGCGGGAACUUGAGCUUCGAAACUAUGGCGACUACGACAAUACUUUGACUGGCGCUGGAAAGGCUGCUAAGAAGAUCCUCGAGAAGGUCAAGCGAGACGGCCAUGUCCUCGUCACCACGUAUUCAGGAUUACAGACCUACUCUGAGUUCUUGAUUCCUACUGACUGGGAGUGCGCCAUCCUAGACGAGGGCCACAAGAUUAGGAACCCGAACACUGCUAUCACGAUCCACUGCAAGGAGUUGCGGACGCCCAAUCGUAUCAUUCUCUCUGGCACGCCGAUGCAAAACAACCUAACAGAGCUUUGGUCGCUCUUUGACUUUGUAUUCCCGAUGCGCUUAGGCACACUGGUGAACUUCCGCAACCAGUUCGAAUUUCCGAUCAAGCGUGGUGGCUACGCAAACGCUUCGAACUUGGAGUUUGAGACAGCGGUACAGUGUGCUGAGACCCUCAAGGAUGCGAUCAGCCCCUACCUACUGCAGCGGUUCAAGGUCGAUGUUGCAACCGAUUUGCCACAGAAGAAGGAGCAGGUGCUCUUCUGUAAGCUCACGCGCCAGCAGCGACAAGCAUAUGAGGGUUUCCUGGCGUCGGAAGACAUGAAGUCAAUUGCGAGCGGCAAGCGCCAGAUGCUGUACGGUGUCGACUUCUUGCGCAAAAUUUGCAAUCAUCCCGAUCUGACGGAACAUAAGACCCUAUCGAAGAAGCUGGGAUUCGACUAUGGCAACCCCAAUAAAUCUGGCAAGAUGCAGGUUGUCAAGGAGCUACUGUCGUUGUGGAAGAAGGGCGGACACAAGACCCUUCUCUUCGCUCAGCAUCGUAUCAUGUUGGACAUCCUGCAGAAGUUCGUCAGUCAGUUACCCGACAUCAACUGGCGUCGCAUGGACGGCGAGACACCGAUCAAGGACCGCCAGAACCUUGUUGACGAAUUCAACAACGACCCAAAUCUACACGUCUUCCUCCUCACAACAAAGGUCGGUGGUCUUGGCGUCAAUCUCACAGGUGCCAAUCGCGUCAUCAUCUACGACCCGGACUGGAAUCCUUCGACCGACAUACAGGCGCGAGAGCGUUCAUGGCGUCUGGGACAGAAGCGAGAGGUUGAAAUAUACCGGCUGAUGUCUGCAGGCACAAUCGAAGAGAAGAUCUACCAUCGUCAGAUCUUCAAGCAAUUCUUGACGAACAAGGUGUUGAAAGAUCCUAAGCAGCGACAGUCAUUCCAGAUGAGCGAUCUGCAUGACUUGUUCACGCUCGGUGUUGAGAACGUUGAGGGUGAAACCGAGACAGGCAACCUAUUCCGCGGUUCAGAGGUCAAGUUCGAAGAGGAUGGUAAGACUGCAGAGGCAUCGGCAGAUGCUACAGGAGCCGAAGACCUCGCCGCAGUGAGAGGCAUCUCGCGAUCCGAAGCCUUCCAAGCCCCCGUCUCCGACGGCGAGGAUGCUGCUGCUACCACUAACGAAGACGGCACCGACAAACCCCCAACAGAUUCCCGUCUGAUGUCAACCAUUUUCGCCAAAACAGGUGUUCACUCCGUCCUUGAACACGACGCAAUCAUGAACUCUACAGCGGGUGGCCGAAAACGUAAAGUACAAGCCGACCCAGCCUACAUCCAACGCGAAGCCAAGCGACAAGCCGCCGUAGCAGCCGAGCAACUCAAGAAGAGCAUGCAAGAAGCGCGAAACGUGCCCGCUGGUACACCAACAUGGACCGGCCAAUUCGGCGAGGCAGGCCGUCCAGACGCACCCCGCGGUAUGUCGUCCAGUCGUGGCGGCAGAGGUGGGCGAGGCGGAGGACGCGGCGGCGCCCCUUCAUCAACAUCCAUCCUCAACAACCUCGCCACCCGACAAGGCCGUCCUACGCUCCUCAACCCCGGCACAACCCUCAACACACCCACAUCCGCCAGCUCAUCCCGCGGCUCCACGCCUUCCGCUCCCACAACACCGCAAACAUUCCGCGGCCGCCGCAUGCUAGAAAUGAUUCGCGACUUUAUGCUUACCCACGGUGGCGUGGUGCCUAGUCGUAUGUUAGUUGAUCAUUUCGAUCAUUACUGCCGUGCGCAACCGGGAAGGAACGAAGAGUUUAAAGAGAUGCUCAAGUUGAUUGCUACGCUUGAGAAGAGUGGGAGCGCGCAGAGGGGGAGGUGGGUGCUUAAAGAUGAGUGGAGGACGCCUGCUGCGGGAGCGGCGGGUAGGGGAGGUAGAGGGAGGUAG